AUUUCAAUUUUCCACAACCAAACCCCAAGAUAUAAGGUUACACAAACUCCUUCAAAAGUUUCCCCACCCUUUCAUUCUUCAUAAUUCCACUCAUCUCCUCAAUGGCUCAGAAGGUGGUGUUGAAGAUGUUGACGAUGACUGAUGAGAAAACAAAGCAAAAAGCCAUAGAAGCCGCAGCAGAUAUAUAUGGGGUGGAUUCAAUUGCUGCUGAUCUCAAGGAGCAAAAGCUGACAGUAAUAGGAGAAAUGGACGCAGUUGCAGUGAUGAAGAAAUUAAAGAAAGUGGGAAAGGUUGAUAUUUUGUCAGUUGGGCCAGCAAAGGAAGAAAAGAAAGAAGAGAAGAAGGAAGAAAAGAAAGAAGAAAAGAAGGAAGAGGACAAGAAACCAGAGGAAAAGAAACAAGAGGAUAAGAAACCAGAAGAAAAGAAAUAAACAGACACCUCACUCCACCUGUUGAGGUUUUUAAUUUUCAUAGAAUAAAACUCUUUUGAGACAUUCCCAGAGACGCAUAGCCAUCAAUGUGAAUUGAGGUUACUGUCAUGGAGUUAGAAGAAUUAUGGCUACUAAUAUUAUGAAUUUCUUCUUCUGGAUCA